CUUUUUCUUUUUCUUAAACUUUUUUUUAUAUUAUAUAUAUUUCCCCCAAAACCAAAGAAAGAAAAUGAUAUUAAAAUUGCUCUGUGCAAUCAUUGUAUUGUUAUCUGUGGUGGAUGCUUACUUCUAUGUACCAAAUUUCAUGUCAAAUCUACCAUUUCGAGGCGGCAUGUCCACCGCCACAAGAAAUGGUAACAGUUUGCUGAUGUUUGGCGGUGAAAAUGCAACCAAUUCAUACACAAACGAUUUUUAUCAAUUAACGCAAACCUCAGAAACAUUUAAUUGGCAAAUUCUUGAACAAAAUAACCCACCCCCUGGUACCUUGUAUGGUCAAGCAGUUGUUACCAAUAACAACAACAAUAUGUACCUCCUUGGAGGCUUGACAAACACAACCAGCACGCAGAUGUCUGCCUUGCAGACCUACCAAUUUUCCUUCGAGUCAAACACCUGGACAGCCUCUCCUAACAACUCGGUUGUCAUGACAAAUACCACCCAGCUUCCUUACAACAGAAAGUUGCAUACAGCCACCUAUGAUAACCAAAACAACAUUUAUAUCUAUGGCGGUGCUUUCAACGACAGCAUCAUUUUUAACGACUUUUUCUAUAUGGAUAGUACGACUCAACAAUAUACAAGCUUACCCACUACUGGUAUCCCGCAUUAUGGUCACACCGCCUCUUUACUUAGUAAUGGCAAACUCGUCAUUAUUGGUGGUGUAGUUCAAGACCCUACCGGUAACAAAAUCCUAAAGGACAUGAAUACUGUAUUUGUGUUUGAUACAAAGGCACGUACUUGGGAAAAUGUCAAUGUUACUGGUUCAGUUCGACCAUCCAGUAGAACAUCUCAUUCAGCUAUAGUUACUUCGGACGACAGAAUCAUCAUCUUUGGUGGUGAUAAUGGAAACAUUCAAAGACAAAGAAUGUAUUUGAACGCAAUUGGUAUUUUGGACACAAAGACCUGGACAUGGACUGUACCUUCUGUUCCUGGUAUUCCACCUUCCAGACGUUCUUAUGCUUCUGCUGGUCUUUUAAACGGAAACUACUUGACUGUUGCUUUUGGUACAUCACAGAAUGCUUACUACAAUGAUAUUAAUGUGUAUGACAUUACUGGCAACAAAUGGCUUCAGUCUUUCACUCCCUCCGAAGAGAGUUACAGCUCCGGGUUGUCAGGUGGCAUAAUCGCUGGUGUAACCGUGGCCUGUGUUGUCCUUCUCGUCAUCAUUUUAUUUUUACUUUGGAAAUUUCAAAGCUAUGUCAGAUGGGUCUUCAACCGUCUUCAUCGUGAUAUUUGGAAGCCGCGUACUGGUGAGCCCGUUUGGGCAGAGACCACCCGAAUCAUUUUCCAGGUCAUCUUAUUGUUCAUUUUUUCUGUUUUUCUCGCAUUCGUUCUUCGCCAAGCUAUUGACAGUCCGAACAUUACGCAAACGAUUGAAGAACCUGCUGCAUCCGUCCAAGUCCCGGAUGUACGUUUCUGUUUCGACGGAUUCCCUCCUUACCCUACAACCGACAUUAGAACACCCGGUGUCACUUGUCAGACAGACACUGGUUACUCAUGCACUCAAUUUAUUCGUCCAUUGAAUAUGUCUGUUUUUCAGCCCACUUUUGCUGAUAAUUUGGGUUCAGUCAACUGCUUCCUUUUUAGAUCGCCUACUGAUUUCAUCCUUACAUCUACUUCGGGUCAGAACAAUGGCUCCAGACUAUUAUUCACAUUUUGGGGAGAUCAAGCCAUCGACUAUGGAAGAAUACACACAUCCAUCUAUCCAAAGACAAUGAACCCUAACACAGUCAUUUAUAACCUCUUGGAUGGUCCCACCACAUUGAUGCCAGAAAAUGCCGUCUUGAACUGGCAAAUCAACGAAAGAAAUGAUAUCCAGGCAACCAAUGUCUAUGAUAUCCAACCUUUCACGUAUAGUGCUCUCUCUUACAAUUUAGUCAACCAUAAAUAUUUACAAUCGGUAGGCUGGAAUUAUGUUGGAUUCUUACCCAUUUCGAAUUCGACACCUGAAGUGGUCACCAAUUUCCGUCAAGAAGCACCCAACCCACGAUACACUGCAGGUCAUACCGAUCUUGGUUUAAUUGCCAUCUUUCCCCAAGCCUUUGUCAAUACAAUUAAGCGAGAGGUCAAGAUGUAUACGUUGGUCAAUGCUCUUGGUUUUGUGGGUGGUAUAUUUGGUCUCUUGAUAGCCAUUCAAACAUGGCUGUUUGGUUUCCGUCCUAGAUCUCCUUGGGGUGUGGUUCAUCGAUGGAGUACGGGUGAUAUGAAACGUUCAUUAUUGAGUGGUCUUCGAUCCAAGUUUAAGAUUACAGAAUCGGGUAUUCCCUUAGUGCAUCCUGUGCAUCACCGGUUUAGUGUCACUGAUUUAAACCAUGAGGAAUUUGACGAACCAGAAACACAACGUAUUCAUCGCGUAGAAGAGCGUAUGCAAAUGUUGGAAAUGUUGUUUAAAGCUUAUUAUGUGGAUGACGAGGUAUUUAGAUCGUUAGAUGAUGCGAAUCGAGCUGGCCAACUGAAUCGCAUGACGCAAGGGAGAGCGGGUGGUGGACAUCCUAUGAACGAUAGUGGGCGAUUCCCACCCCCUAGUUUUUCAACAGCAGCCCCCAGAACUGAAAAGAUGAUUGAUGAUGAAAUGUCCACUGGUACAAGCAGCAUGGGAAAACUUUAUCCUAAUGAUCGUUUCCCUCAUGAGUUUUCCAGACACGAUACUGACCAGAGCGAAUCAUCCAAUAUUCCUUUAACUCAUACACAACACCAGCAUGCACCUCCUUAUCAGCCUAAUACAGCUGUGCAAAUGCAUGAUUUAUAAAAAUCACACACAUAUCUUUUUUUUUUUAAACAACAUUUCUAUUUAUUAACUAGUAACAUUAUACAUAUACACAUUCCUUUCCUACUUCCUCCCCC